AUGGACUUAGAAAUCAAUAACAAGUAUUAGGGGUAAAGUAACCAGUAUUGCUCGCAGUAGAAUUACUACUAUUCAGAUGAGAGUAACUUGAACCAUGAUGAUUAUGGAAUUGAAAAGGAAGAAGAUUUAUACAAGAAUAAUAAUCAAUAAUAAGUUUACUUAAACAAGUCAAUAAAUUUAGGAAAUUAUUAGAUUUAAAAUAAUCAUUUCUUUUUACCUAAUAUAUUCUAAAAUGAAAAUGAAAAAUGUUAGAUUCAGUUAUAAUAAACAGAGUUAAGAGGAUAAAAUAGCUCUAAUUCAAAUUAUAAUAGCUAGCUAACAAAUAAUUAAAUAACUAAUUCGUAUAGAAACGAAGAAUAAAGUUUAAGCUGCUUUUCAUAAAUUAGCACUUCAAACCUCAGCUAAAACAAUUAUGAAAAUAUACUUUCGAUAAAUAAUGCAAAUAUAGACAAUCUAUCAAAUUAAAACAGUUCACAGCUUUCAUAAACUAUUUUAAAUGAAGCCUAAAAGAAUUUUGAGUAACAAAAUUCAAAUUCAGGUUCAUAAUUAAAUAACUCUUCGUAGACUUAAGAUAAGUAAAUAUCUCAAAAAUAAUUGAAGUAAGUAGAUCUAGUGGCUGUACCGCUUCUAAAAAAUUUAAGAUAAAGAGAAUUGUUUCUGAUAUAUGGAGAGAUAUUAAUUGAGCUUGAUAACAUUUUUGAAAUGAAUAUUUUAGAGAGAAAUUCUGGAUACAAUUUUUUUAAGUAAGUUGAAAGUGUUAAAAUAAGACAAGAUAAUUCUUAUGUAGAGAUUAUUUUUGAUACUUUUGCUGAACCUCUGAGAGAUUUUAGGUUUUUAAUUGACCGUAUUAGGACAAUACCUGACUAAAAAGCAUAUGAUUUAUCAAAGAUUAUUGAAUAAUAUUAGAAUUUAGUUGAAAAAUAAUUAGCUGAAGAUGAGGUAAAUAAAUCAAAAUAUACAUAGGAAUUAAUACACUAAAGGAAUUUAUACUGCUAAUAAAAAAGUGAAGAAUUAAUCUCUAUGCUAGAUGAAAAUGCUAAUGUAUUUUAUUAUCAAUGUAAAAUUAAUACCAAAACCUUUGAGCCAAUUAAUUUUAAGUAAGGAUAUAGCAGAAAAUUGGCUUGGGUGUUUGGAUGUAGUCCUGAAGUACUCUAAAUGCUUUACAUGCGCUACGGUUAACUCGAUUUUACUAAAUGUGCAAGCAAAAUAGAAAUGACUAUGUAGAAAGUCUUAUCCAACUUUAGCGAUAUGUUUAAAGAGAGAUUUAUGAGAGAAAACAAUUAUCAAUAAAAAGAAAAAAGUAUUAAUAAUUUAGUUUCAUAAAAUAUAAUGGAAUUCGAAAUGUAGACAAUAGAUGAUUUAUUCAUCCCUCUAACAUCUAUAAUUUCAAGAAUAAGCUUGAGUUAAGAGUUCGAUGAACUUCAUGGAAUUAAAGGAUUAAUGCCCGAAUGUUUACUUAUAGCAGAUAUAAAAAUAGAUAUUCGAUAUAUGCAUAUGUUAAUAAAACACAGAUGUGAACAGCUACCUACUGUAGAUCAUUACAUUAAAUCCUUUGUAAAUUCACACAAAAUUUGUGAAAAUGAAGAAUAUUAUGAAUAAAGUAAAUAAUUCUUAGAAAAAUACUAUCCUAAAGAUGAUGAUUAAGGAAAGAUGAUGAUAAAACCUAAAUUUAAAAAAAAUAAUAUCAAUUCAUUUAAUAAUUAAAAUAAAGUAAGCGAAGAAACUUUAAAUCAAAUAUACUAAAUAUUAACAAAUCGUAUGUGA